GCGCCGCGCCGCGCCGCCGGAGAAGUUGGCGGGCAUGGAGGGCGGCGGCGGGGGGCUGCCGGCGGCGCUGGAGAAGAACGUGGCCGAGCUGACGGUGAUGGACGUGUACGACAUCGCCUCGCUCGUGGGCCAGGAGUUCGAGCGGGUCAUCGACCAGCACGGCUGCGAGGCCAUCGCGCGGCUCAUGCCCAAGGUGGUGCGCGUGCUGGAGAUCCUCGAGGUGCUGGUGAGCCGCAACCACAUCAGCCCCGAGCUGGAGGAGCUGCGGCUGGAGCUGGACCGGCUGCGGCUGGAGCGGGCCGACCGCAUCGAGAAGGAGAGGAAGCACCAGAAGGAACUGGAACUGGUGGAGGAUGUAUGGAGAGGGGAAGCCCAGGACCUUCUUACCCAAAUAGCUCAGCUGCAGGAGGAGAACAAACAGCUGAUGUCUAACCUGUCUCAUAAAGACCUUAACCUCACAGAAGAGGAGUUCCAGAAACAUGAAGGGAUGUCUGAGAGAGAGCGCCAAGUGAUGAAGAAGCUGAAGGAAGUGGUAGAUAAACAGAGGGAUGAGAUCAGAGCAAAGGACCGGGAACUUGGGCUUAAGAAUGAGGAUGUGGAGGCACUGCAACAACAGCAGAACAGGCUAAUGAAAAUUAAUCAUGACCUUCGGCACAGAAUAACGGUUGUUGAGGCUCAAGGGAAAGCACUGAUUGAGCAGAAGGUGGAGUUGGAAGCCUACCUACAAACCAAGGAACAAGAGAUGGGCGUUUUGCGGGCAGAGCUUGGGAAAUUGAAGGAGAAGCUCCACGGUGAGAGCAGCCAAAAUGGAGAAGAGAUCCAGAUAGAACCAAACAAUGAUGAAUCUCUCUCUGAAUCGGAGAAGAUGGCUCUGGAUUUAAAAGAUCCAAAUCGUCCACGAUUUACUUUGCAAGAGUUACGGGAUGUCUUGCACGAGAGGAACGAACUCAAGUCAAAAGUGUUCUUGCUGCAAGAGGAGCUCUUGUAUUAUAAAAGUGAGGAAAUGGAAGAAGAAACCAGAACCCCGCAGCCUACACCCAUCAUUCAGUCAAAACCCUCAACUCAGCCAGAAUCAGGAAUCAAACGACUGAUCUUUACAGCCAUAAUGCCCAUGGUAGCAGCUGGAUUGAUUCCAGACGAUCCCACAUUGCAGCCAAUAAGAAGACUUGUGUCCCUUGUAGGAUUUUUUUUUUAAUGUUUGGUACUGUGGUUUUCUUUCGCAUGUCCCUUGUGUUAAGUUAUGCUGCUGGUUGCAUUCUCAUUGGCUGACUGUGGGAUCACAGAAGCUUGGUGCCAAUCAGAAUGAUCAAUCAGGACCAACUCAUUUUAAUCCUCAAUCAUUCAUUCUCUAGUAUUCAGUUCAUCACUCUUCUUUUUGUCUAAUGUUAUCCUGCUAAACCAAUCUCUCGUUACCUUUAGGAAACUAAUUCAAUAAGAACAUUUUAAUUAGCAUCAAUUAACUUUUGCUUGCUAGGCCUGUCUGUCUCAAAAGCACUGGCAUGAUCUUUAAAAAUCAUGUCAUUCUUAUCAAUCAGUUAUACAGAAUAUAGCGAUGACUUCCACAUUAACUCCUAGAGUUUAUUAUAGGCUGUCCUCUAAAUGUCUGAGAGCAUGUGACCAGGGGAUUUUGGUCCCCUGUUGUGUUCUGAAAGACAGUGUCUGUACUUAUAACCAAUCUGACAACCAAUUCUUGGCAACUGCUGCACGAGAGCAUUGACUAUUGUUAAUGCAAAUUUUUCUUUUGUUUUUGCAUUGUGAUUGGUAUUGAAGCAAUCAUUAUGUGACAGCUAUGUUUGCUGCUGCAAAAAGUUUAUUCUUAACUGCUUCCUCCCCUCCCCUCUAAAUGUUUGGGGGGAAAAUAGGACAUUAUACAUGUUCCUACCUUUUGGGGGCUGAAACGUGCCAUACUUUUAUGGCCAACAAUAACUUUACAUUUUGAGUUAAAUAUUUAAAAUUCUUUCAGCUCAAUUUAGAAGUGUCUAUAUAAAAAUACACUUAAUUUAAUGCAGAAGACUCAAGUGGCUGAACUCUGACAUUUAAAACAAACUGUGUAAAUACAGCAGCUCUCAGUGAGUAGUGUGCAUUACUAAGCUUGAAGGUGCCAAACUGAACAGGCACAGCAGAAAGCCUAUUAGCUGUGCAUUGUAACUUCAGUGGAAACUGGAUCUGCCCUCCCCACCCCUCCUGUGUUUUGGGGUGAGGAGAAGGGCAGAUAUAUACACCACAGCAUAAAAAAAUUAACUAGUUCCAGUCAUGAAAGUGGCAGAAUGGUCCUGAAAUAAGUUUUCUUGCACAGGAAGUUAACUGCAAAACACGGUGCUGCUAAAGUUUCGGAUUAAAAAUCGGAAAGGAAAUGCAAAAAGUUGAGGCCCUGCCCCCCUGUGACAGAUUUCACUAACUUGUGUUGAGCUGAAGUAGUAUUUCCAACUUGUUCUUAGGAAAUGCUUAACAUAGUUUGUGGAUGCAUGAAUUUACUUUGAAUUGUAGUAGCAUCUAGAGCAGGAUUACAUUGUGCAGACACACUGCAAGAUAUAAUUUAGUUUACCAUAACAUUUGAAAGCCUAGCUGUGGGCUUACUCUUCUAGCUGGAACCUUAACUUUUGCAUUUCCCCACUAUCUACUGCCAUAAUGCACAACUUGCUGAAAGAACAAGAUUUGCUUUGCUUAAUUUAGUAACUUCUCUGCCAUAUAAACCACAAUAAUACUAACGCAAAGAAUGUGUGUUUUUUGCAUCAAUCCUACUUUUUCAGAUAUUAUGUAGUGUCAGCAUUGCAAUUUUUUAAACAUUCAGUUUGCAGCCUUAUUAAAUGACUGUCAGCUCAUGCAUGCCAUUGCAUGCUAAUAAAUGAUAUGUAAACUUAUUUGCAUUUAGUUUAAAACCCUUAGGCCCAACUUGUGCAAGCACACUACAUGCAUAUGUUAAUAACGCUCUGUGCUUUUAAGCAAUUUUUAUUUUAAAAAUCACUUUACUGUGCUUAAUUUUCCUGCUAUAAUAGCCCUUCUCUCUUUCUGCUUGAAAACAUGGUAUAGUAUUUUCAAACCAAAGAAAAUCCCUUUACUUUAUCCCAAGAAACUAAUCCUGUUGCUGCUUUUAUAAAUAAUGGAAUAAAAUGCACCUAUAUAAUCUCUGCACACUUGCAUAGUCCACUGCAUUUAAGACUUCUAUGAAGCUUCUUUAGCAAAGCAGCUAAAGACCACAAUGCCUUCAUCUUGAAUAACAUCUGACAUGCACUGCAUUAGGCUUCAUUGCCUUAAUUUUGCAGACACAAACCAAUUGUUUUGCUCUUUUAAGUUUUUUGUUGCGCUGUGUAUCGCAUCAUAGACAUUUCAGGAUUGCUGGUUUUUCCCCAGACCACUAGGCCCUAACUUCUCUCUCUCUCCUUUU